AUGUCUGGUUGGUUAAAAAAUAAGGAAAACGUUUCAGGACGCCCUGUCGUUUGCCAGGUGACACGGUUUAUUGGCCACUGGCUCAUCGUUGCAUCAUCUGAUUUCAUGGACUGGGGUGCAUUUCCUGAAAACAACAAGUUAAUUAUGAAAUUAGUUCGAGGAUUAGAAGGUUCAAAUACUGAGGACAGAGAUAAAAAACACGAGAACAGCAGCCAUAAGGAAGAAUCAACGCUUUCUAACGUGAGACACUUGCGAACCAUCGAGGAAGGAGUUUUCGAAGGUCUCAUAAAUCUGCGAACAAUAUAUAUCUACCAAGCACCAGCGCUUCUGACCAUCCCAGCGACCGUCUUUCGAGUGGAACUGCCGAAUCUUAAAAUUCUGCGGAUCGUCCACACCGGGCUGCAAGCUGCUCCUCUGCUGGACGAUCUCCAGACGUCCGACAUCAUGCACAUGGUGGAUUUGGACAACAACAAAAUUAAAAGGAUUGGCAGACGGUGGAUCAAGCUGAAAGCCGAACAGAUGUUGCUCAAUUACAACGCCCUGGAGGCGGUGGAAGCUGAGGCUUUCUGGGGAUCGCACAUCGCCACUCUGAGUCUCAAAGGUAACAGGGCCCUUUCCCAUCUCGACAUGGAUGCAUUCGUCGGUCUCAAUCAUCUCCGUCGCAUCGACUUGUCGGAGACGGCGGUGACGCAGCUGCCGACACGCGGACUCGAGGGCAUCGACGAGCUGCGCCUGCAGGACACCAGCAGCCUCAAGGUGUUCCCCUCCGUCUACAACUUCGAGAACAUCCGCGUAGCGCUGCUGACAUACCCUUACCAUUGCUGUGCAUUCCAGUUCCCUGGGACUCAUGACCCUGCUGCUCAUCACAGACAUGAGAUAUUCAUGCAAGAGAUGAAGCAGAGGUGUUCGGACGAGGGACUGGAAGCGGCGUCUGUGCCGUCGACGCCGUCAGACAGGGAGCGGCGCUGGGCCGGCAACUGGUCCAGCAGCGCGGGGGCGGAGGACUCGCUGGGAGGCGGCGGCGGCGGCGGCAGCAGAGGCGGAGGCGGAGGCGGUGGCGAUGGCAGCGCUCACCACGGCUUCGACGGCACCUUCCAUCAGGACAAGGUGACGGUGUCUCCGGUGCGCGCCGAGUGCGGCCGGUUGUCGCAGAACUACCGGCAGGUGGAGUGCCGGCCGCGGCCGGACGCGUUCAGCCCGUGCGAGGACCUGAUGGGCGGCUGGGCGCUGCGCGGCGCCGUCUGGCUGGUGGCGCUGGCGGCGCUCGCCGGCAACCUGGCCGUGCUGCUGGUGCUGGGCUGCGCGCGCCGCUCCGUGCCCGGCUUCCUGAUGGCGCAGCUGGCCGCCGCCGACCUCUGCAUGGGCCUCUACCUGCUGCUGCUCGCCGCGCAGGACGCGCGCUCCGUCGGCCGCUACUUCACCACCGCCGUCGCCUGGCAGACAGGAGCGGGCUGCCAGGCGGCUGGGGUGCUGACGGUGUUUGCGUCGGAGCUGUCCGUGUUCACGCUGACGGUGAUCACGUGCGAGCGCUGGUACACCAUCACGUACGCCAUCCACCUGAACCGCCGGCUCAAGCUGCGGACCGCCGCCAAGAUCAUGGCCGCCGGCUGGUGCUACGCCGUCUGCAUGGCCGUGCUGCCACUGCUCGGCGUCAGCAGCUACUCCAAGACCAGCCUGUGCCUGCCGCUGGAGUCUCGGACGGCGGUGGACAGCGCCUACCUGCUGUCGCUGCUGACGUUCAGCGUGCUGGCGUUCUGCGCGGUGAGCGCGUGCUACGCGCGCAUGUACUGCGUGGUGCGCGGCGACGGCCAGGGCGCCGUGGCGCGCUCCGACGCCACCGUCGCCAAGCGCAUGGCGCUGCUCGUCUUCACCGACUUCGCCUGCUGGGCGCCCAUCGCCUUCUUCGGGCUCACCGCGCUCGCCGGCCAGCCGCUCAUCGACGUCCCGCGCACCAAGGUGCUGCUGGUGUGCUUCUACCCGCUGAACGCGUGUGCCAACCCCGUGCUGUACGCGCUGCUGUCACGGCAGUACCGGCGCGACCUGCUGCUGCUGCUCAGCCGGCACGGCCUGUGCGCGCAGCGGGCAGCUCGGUACAAGGGCGCCGCCGCGCCCACGCUCACCUCGGACGGCCCGGGCAAGGGCCUGUACGUGCAGCACCACCGCCACAACCAGCACUACCCCAACCACCUGCGGCUCGAGCUGCGAUCGCCGCCAAACAGGCGCUCCGCCAGCGUUGAACAGCAGGCUGGAGAGAGCGCCAGCUCCUAUCUGUAG